AUGGGCUCCGCACCUGGUCUCACGGACGUGGUGCGCCUUGGGUCAUUGAAGCUACUUCUCGUGUGGGCGCUUGGCGCAAACUUCAACACCAAGUUCCGUCUGCGCGGCCCAUGGCGAUGGGACGGUGCGUCCGCUUUGCUCACGUCACGCGAGUUCUGGGCGACCAUCACUAGACGGCCGAUCAUCUUUGGCCACUUCGCAGUCUCUUUCUUGCCCAUGAUACUCUUUGGGCCCAUUAAUCUGUAUGUUCUUGUGACUCUUCCGCCCAUCCGCGUGCUGUGUACGCUCAAUCUGGCACGCGAAAAGAAGAUGGGCUUGACAGGCUCGUUUGCCCUGUGUCAAACGCAUCCAAUUCGUGAUGGAAACUGGUCUCUGCUGGUAGUAUGGGGCGUCAUCGAGUUUCACGUCGAAACCAUGGUACCACAGCUGCUAUUAUUGGCCCCCGCUUGCCUGGGAAGCUGUAAUGCGUCCGGUGCGAAGCGAGGCGGGUAUGAAAGCGGCCGUGGCAGGGGAGAAAAGGGCCACGACGGCCAGAACGCGCACAACGCGCGCAACGCCAAUGACCAUGGCCACUUUGUUAGUACAGAAUCCCUGGACAGGGCUGAUGUCGCAAUCAAUGACAAAGUCGACCCGAGACCCGGCGAUUGGUUUGGUGGUGGUGCGAAGUCUCCUGCCGUUUUCACGUCACUCGAUCACCACCAGGCGAACCCUGGGGAUCCUUGCCAGGCUGUUUCCGCCGACUCGACCAAUCCUUUCGACGAUGUUUUCGCUGUUUUCGAUUGA